AUGGCCGAUUCCGAGAAAUUGACCGCGUUGAAGAAGGCCUAUGCCGAAAUCAUACUGAACACGGCGAAGGAGGCGGCGGCGAGGGUAUUGGUUUCGGAGAGGAAAGCUCAGCGGUACCAGCGGGAGAUCUUCGCGGCCAAGGACGACGCGUUGCGGAUGCUUCUCCGGCUCAAACAGAUGUUGGAUGCUAAGGUCAGUGAAGCAGAAAUCACAUCAUCGAAUCAACAGAAAAGGAUUGAUGAGCUAGAAGCACAGCUUGGGGAAGCUGAGGAUAUAGUUAAAGAUCUUAGAGCAGAGUUGAGAGAACUGCAGGAUGAGUUGGAGAGAUUAACAACCAAUCAAGUGCAGCCCUUGUGUGAAAGAAGCCCUGGCUCUGAUAAUACUCUUGAGACGACAACAUUGGAGCAGAACAUAAUUUGCACUUCUGUUCCUGUGGUCUCCUCUUUACCUGCCCUUGAGACUGACCCUGUUCCAACUAUUGGCAUUACAAAUUCUUCUUCGAAGGGCACAUACAAUGACCACCAGAACAAACACUGUACGGAAACUGGUACUGAUAAGGACAUUUGCUUUGUUUGUGAUCCUGAUUUUGCUUCCAUAAUGAUAAGAAGCAAAGAGCCCGAGCUGUUAAAAAAUGGAUGCACUCACAGAAUCCGUGCUUUGGAAGGAAAUAUCUUGGGUGGAACUCUUGCCAUUACUGGUCAGGGUAAUGGUGGAAAAAAUCACAAGGACGAGAAGCAUACAUGUCAAAAACUUGCUCCAAAGCAUGAACUUGCACCUGGUAUGGAGAAUAACCAAGAUGAAGUAAAGACAGAAUCCGAAUCUAUUCGAGCUUAUGCCUUGAAGUCUUUCCACAGAAAACGGAAGAGAGCCAAUAGAUAUAGAAAGCAGAAUGUAUGUUUUAGGAGGUUUCUUGAUCAGAAUCCAGACAACAGCAAUGCUAAAUUUGGAGAUGAUCCUGUGAGAGUUGAGGAUAAAGAUCCUGAAUUUGAGGUGGCUGGAAGAAAAGAAAUUCCAGAGUCGAACGAAUCGAGCAUACAGUCUGGAUUGGCAGAAGUUGGGGAAGAAAAUAAUGCAGGGUUUUCUCUUAGGGCUUGUUCGGUCCAAAUGACCAGAAGCAAUGAUGAGAUGUCAAUGGUGGGCAUGGAGGAGGAUGUUAAGUCUGUGGAGUAUCCCAAGGUUGUAGCUAGUAAAUCUGAUAAUGAGAUUGCCAUUGUCUCGUUGGCAGAAAACUCAGAGCCCAAGGAACUAAAAGAAGCAACUGAUUCGAUUCCUGCACAGCCGGUAAGUAACAAGUUCAUAAAGUACACCUUCACAAGGAAACGGAAGAAAGACUCUCUUAGCACCUGUGAUGGGAAUUCGUCGAUCGAGGAUGGCCUUCUGAAGAGAAGGAUGGUUGAGAAGGAAGAUGGUUCAGUGGAGUGCCAGUCAAGCUUGGCCACCCAAUUGGCUAGCAGCAGUCAGAGGCUGGACCAGGUUUCUUGUGAGGAAUCACAGCUUGCGAGUUCGUCGGAGAAGAAAUUGGAUUAG